AUGGACGGAGUCUUUAAGGGUCUUUUUGGCGGCAAGGCCACUGAGGCUCCGCAGAAGGCUGAAGGAGGCUUUGCGGACUUUGCGCCUCCAUCUGCAACUGGAUCUGGACCCCAGGGUACUGCUGCCAGCACUGUUCCCUAUACAAAAUGGUACCGAGUCUGGGAACGAACAUCGCCACAGGACUUUGUUCAGGAAGCAUUCAUCAUCCCUUUUAUUAUUUUGGUCGCCGUGCUGCAUGUGUGGGGAGCGGGUAAAAACAGGCGCAGGGCAAAGACAUGGGCACAAGCAAAUAUCCCGGUGCUCUGCGACGAGUUUGCGGUGGUUGGAUAUACUGGAAUCCCACGGAACGCCAGCUCCAACGAAGGCAUUAAGAUUGAUGAUAAGAUACUGAAGGAGAAGGCUCUGAAUGAAUUCACUACUUACGCUACUGGCCGUCAGAAUAUUGCCUUCGUCGAUGUCACAAUCAAGAUGCUGAAACGCUACAAUCCGCUGCUGCUGUUUGGUGAAACUCUUCUUGGGCUGUUUUUCGAUUCCAUGGCACCGUCUACUGAAAAGGUAGAGAUCGUUGCAUAUCCCUUCGACGGCCGGGAGAAAGACCUUGUUCCACCUACACCAAUGGACAUUGAUACCGACAAGCGCUCAAAAUCAGGCCCUUCGACUUAUGACGGCUUCGUCUUUGCUGUGGUGCACAAGAAUGCUAUGCGCCGUCUAAGAGAAGACCGAUAUGAUGUUUCGUUGACAUUCACCAAGGAGAACGCUAAACUUCCCAAUUGGUUAACUGUUAUGAGCGAGAGUGCAGAGAUUACCGAUUCCAUGCUCGUUCCUGAACUUGUUAAAGCCAUUGAAGAUGCCGGUGAUCUGUUUGAUUACUUGAUUGUGACUGAUCAGCCUAUGGAAAAGCCUACUACUGUUGAAGAGGCAGUUCCCCGAAAGCGAAUUAUUCUCUCUCUCCGUAUUCCAGAAUCUUCGGAUGCUUCCGACUAUGCCUCCUCCAAUAUGCUGAAGGCCUUCAUUCGCUUAGCUGAUCGCCUGGUGACUAUCGCUCACUUCAGACCUGAAGUGACUCGCAAACUCCGUAGUACGCGCGAGGAAGAAAUCAGAAGGAUGAAGCGGGUUGACCAGGAUGAAAAAGCUGAAGAAAGAAAAGUAGCUGCUGAAAAGAUCAAGAAGGAAGAACGUGAUCGACUCCUACGUAACAUGUCAGCCGAGGAGCAGAAGAAGUUCCUUGCGAAGGAAAAGGAGAGGGAGCAAAAGCGAGAAAUGAAGAGACAGACAAGAAAGGGCUGA